GAGACGCGGUGACGCACGCGCGGGGCGGGGCGCAGCUGUGGUCUGGGCCGCUGUCAGAGUCGGGGCAGCGCACGGGGCGGACGGGCGUGCGGAGAGGAACUGAAGUGAGGCGACAGGACUAAGAUGCUUCACUUAAGGACUUGUGCAGCAAAGCUGAGGCCAUUGACGGCCUCCCAGACUGUAAAGACACUUUCCCAACACAGGCCAGCAGCACCCAGGACGUUCCGACAGAUCCGGUGCUACAGUGCACCAGUGGCUGCUGAGCCCUUUCUGAGUGGGACUAGUUCAAACUACGUGGAGGAAAUGUAUUAUGCUUGGCUGGAAAACCCCAAAAGUGUACAUAAGUCAUGGGACAUCUUCUUUCGCAACGCCAAUGCUGGAGCUGCUCCAGGCACUGCCUACCAAAGCCCCCCUCCUCUGAGCACCAGCCUUUCCACCCUGUCCCAAGCCCAGUUCCUGGUUCAAGCACAGCCAAACGUAGAUAAGCUGGUGGAGGACCAUCUCGCAGUGCAAUCUCUCAUCAGAGCAUAUCAGAUUCGAGGGCAUCAUGUAGCACAACUCGACCCACUGGGCAUCUUGGAUGCAGAUCUGGACUCCUCCCUUCCAGCUGAUAUUAUCACAUCCACAGACAAACUGGAUCUCGCAGUGUUCAAGGAGCGGCUGAGAGUGUUAACAGUAGGAGGCUUUUAUGGACUGGAUGAAUCUGACCUGGACAAGGUCUUCCACUUGCCCACGACCACUUUCAUCGGUGGAAACGAAUCUGCUCUUCCUCUCCGGGAAAUCAUCCGCCGGCUGGAGAUGGCCUACUGCCAGCAUAUCGGGGUGGAGUUCAUGUUCAUCAAUGACCUGGAGCAGUGCCAGUGGAUCCGGCAGAAGUUUGAGACACCAGGCAUCAUGCAGUUCACCAACGAGGAGAAGCGCACGCUGCUGGCCAGGCUGGUCCGCUCUACCAGGUUUGAGGAGUUCCUGCAUCGCAAGUGGUCUUCAGAAAAGCGUUUUGGCCUGGAGGGCUGUGAAGUGCUGAUCCCAGCCUUGAAGACCAUUAUUGACAAGUCUAGUGAGAAGGGAGUGGACUAUGUUAUCAUGGGGAUGCCCCACAGGGGACGCCUGAAUGUUCUUGCCAACGUGAUCAGGAAAGAGCUGGAGCAGAUCUUCUGCCAGUUCGACUCCAAGCUGGAGGCUGCUGAUGAGGGCUCUGGGGAUGUGAAAUACCAUCUGGGAAUGUACCACCGGCGGAUUAACCGUGUCACCGACAGAAACAUCACCCUUUCCUUGGUGGCAAAUCCUUCUCACUUGGAGGCAGCUGAUCCUGUUGUUCAAGGCAAGACCAAAGCAGAGCAGUUUUACUGUGGGGACACAGAAGGGAAGAAGGUGAUGUCCAUCCUCCUGCAUGGAGAUGCUGCUUUUGCUGGGCAGGGCAUCGUGUAUGAGACCUUCCACUUGAGCGACCUGCCCUCCUACACCACCCAUGGCACUGUCCAUGUUGUGGUGAACAACCAGAUUGGGUUCACAACAGACCCCCGCAUGGCACGCUCCUCCCCGUACCCCACUGAUGUUGCCCGCGUAGUGAAUGCCCCGAUUUUCCACGUCAAUGCGGAUGACCCAGAAGCCGUUGUUUACGUGUGCAACGUGGCAGCCGAGUGGCGAAGCACAUUCCAUAAGGACGUGGUGGUGGAUUUGGUUUGUUAUAGGCGCAAUGGUCACAAUGAGAUGGAUGAGCCCAUGUUCACACAGCCUCUGAUGUACAAACAGAUCCGGAAGCAGAAGCCAGUGCUACAGAAAUAUGCAGAGCUGCUGAUUUCUCAGGGGGUAGUAAAUCAGCUGGAGUAUGAGGAGGAAAUUGCCAAGUAUGAUAAGAUCUGUGAGGAGGCCCAUGCAAGAUCCAAGGAUGAAAAGAUUUUGCACAUCAAGCACUGGCUGGACUCACCCUGGCCUGGUUUCUUCACACUGGAUGGCCAGCCCCGGAGCAUGACCUGCCCUUCCACUGGUCUGAAUGAAGCAGACUUGACACACAUUGGUCAAGUGGCCAGCUCUGUGCCAGUGGAGGAUUUCACUAUCCAUGGAGGUUUGAGCCGCAUUCUGAAAACCCGUGGGGAGAUGGUGAAGAACCGGACAGUGGACUGGGCCCUGGCAGAGUACAUGGCCUUUGGCUCCCUGCUCAAGGAGGGCAUCCACAUCCGCCUGAGUGGCCAGGAUGUUGAGAGGGGGACAUUCAGCCAUCGCCACCAUGUCCUGCACGAUCAGAAUGUAGACAAGAGGACCUGUAUCCCCAUGAACCAUCUCUGGCCCAACCAGGCUCCGUACACUGUCUGCAACAGUUCUCUGUCGGAGUAUGGUGUCCUGGGAUUCGAGCUGGGCUUUGCCAUGGCCAGCCCCAAUGCCUUGGUGCUUUGGGAAGCCCAAUUUGGGGACUUCCAUAACACUGCUCAGUGCAUAAUCGACCAGUUCAUCUGUCCUGGGCAGGCCAAGUGGGUCAGACAGAAUGGCAUUGUCCUGCUGCUUCCCCAUGGCAUGGAGGGCAUGGGUCCCGAGCAUUCCUCUGCCCGCCCGGAGCGGUUCCUGCAGAUGUGCAAUGAUGACCCCGACGUCUUCCCUAAAUUGGAUGACUUUGACGUGCGCCAGCUCUAUGAGUGCAACUGGAUCGUUGUGAACUGCUCCACUCCAGCCAACUUCUUCCACGUUCUGCGGCGCCAGAUCCUCCUGCCCUUCCGCAAACCGCUGAUAAUCUUCACUCCAAAGUCACUGCUGCGCCACCCUGAAGCCCGCUCCAGCUUCGACGACAUGCUUCCAGGCACCCACUUCCUCCGUGUCAUUCCUGAUGGCGGCCCAGCGGCCCAGAGCCCUGAGCAGGUGAAACGGGUCCUGUUCUGCACUGGGAAGGUCUACUAUGACCUGACCCGUGAGCGCAAGGCCCGGCAGAUGGAGGCUGACGUGGCCAUCACCCGGGUGGAGCAGCUCUCGCCGUUCCCCUUUGACCUCCUGCAGCGGGAGGCCGAGAAGUACCCAGCUGCCGAGCUGGUGUGGUGCCAGGAGGAGCACAAGAACCAGGGCUACUACGACUACGUCAAACCUCGGCUCCGCACCACCAUCAACCGCGCCAAGCCUGUCUGGUAUGCAGGGAGAGAGCCGGCAGCUGCCCCUGCCACUGGCAACAAGAAGACCCACCUGACGGAGCUGCAGCGGCUCCUGGACACAGCCUUCAACCUCGACGCCUUCAAGGACCUGGCCUGAGCGCCAGCAGCGGCAUGUCCAUCUGUCUGUCUGUCUGUCCCCUGCUCUCCUCUCCCCUCCCUCAACUACAGACCUUGUGAAACCCCA